UCCUACUCCCGCCCCCGCUGUGUGUUCCCGCUGCGGAAACGCGGAGAGGAAAACGCAGCUGAGCUGCUAAAAUUAGAUUUAGUAAUGUAACUUCAGGCGGUGUUUAGUAAAAUUGAGGAGUAUAAGACGUCGCGGCCGGACGCGCCUUACUGAAACAUGCAGGUAUUUACAGAUGAAUCCGAGUUUACGGAUGUUCAAAUGAUCCAAAGAGUUGUGGGUAUGUUUGAGAGCCGCCGUUUUCAUAGGAUUCUGUCAUAUGGCCUUCUUGGUUUUGAGUACGAUGAGGAGCAAGACGUGGACGAUCGUGACAGCUGGUCCCACCAACGUAACAGUUUCUAUGGAUACCAAGAUGGUAGAGGAUUAAGUAGGAACCACUCCAGGUCGUCCAGCUCCAUCUAUCAACCUUCACUGAGUUAUUCUUCAGCCCAUAGCUCGCCCGGCUCGCCCUCUUUGAAAGUUCAGCCCAAGGAGAGCGAUAUUGAGCGGAAAGCUAGAUUAUUACAAGAAGCUAAAAAGAGCAAAGAAAAAGCUGAGAAGAAGCGGCUGAAGAAACAGAAACAGAAGCAGAGAAAACAAAUGGAGAAGGAAAAACUGAAUAAAGAGGGAAACGCUGCAGAAGAAGAUAAAUCUGUGAACGACCCAGAGAACAAUGAACCCAACUCCAGUGAGAAGAACUCUGCUGCUGCUAAAGAUACAGACAGCGACUGCAAUUGCAGCGAGUACGAGUCCAGUUACGAAGAGGAGGACACCAAGAACGACUCUGGAGACGAAGAGGGACUGGAUCUGACAAGCACUUUUGUGAGCAAAGCUGCUCUUAUAGCGAGGCGUAAAUUAGAGCAGAAAGGGAAGAAGAGCCCUGAAAAGUCUAAAAGUGUCCUGGACCCAGAAGAGCUGGCUCUAAAGGAGGCUCAGAAGAAGGAUUCUGUCGCUCCCGCCAGCCUCUCUAUUGAAGAUAACGUAAAAAUAAGCACUGAUCUCGCAAUUAUGGGAAAUAAGUUCGCCAGUUCAGGAGACUAUAGCAUGGCUGUCAAGUAUUUCACAGAUGCAAUUAAAUACAACCCUAAAGAGUUUAAGUUGUUUGGCAAUCGUUCCUUCUGCUUUGAAAAGCUGCAGGAAUGCGAGAAGGCGCUGGCCGAUGCAGAGCUUUCUUUGGGCAUCUGUCCGGGCUGGAUUAAAGGGCUGUUCAGGAAGGGCAGAGCUCUGGCGGGUCUAAAGAGGUAUGAAGAGGCAGCUGAUGCCUUCAGGGACGUCCUGAAACGGGAGAGUUCGUAUGCUGAAGCUGCUCAGGAGCUUAUGCGAGUGCAGAUAAUACAAUUAAUGGAGUGUGGUUUCACUCGUGAGCAGAGCUCCAAUGCUUUAAUUAUCCACGGGACCGUAAAAAAAGCGUUAGAGGUGCUGUCCAAAUUACAUCCUCAGCCAGGAGCUGUAAUAACCGACGCGCUCCCACCGGCUCGAGCAACGUCCAUCACCGGAGUGUCUCCGGUCCUUUCAGCCGGCACACUUCCUUCGCCUGUCGCCGCUCAGUCGCACAAAAUCCCCGAAAAACAACUUGUGAAGGAACCGACGCAGAAUAUCUCCAGUAUUAAGUCUAAUUAUACUCAGGCUACGAAGAUCGACUACAACCCCCCACCAUUAGAGCUGUUUCCAGUUUGGGUGGGAAACUUGACUUUCCCACUGACGGAGUCCACAAUUACAAACCUGUUCAGCAAGGUAGGGGUGGUCUAUAGCGUGAAGGUUUUAGCUUACAAACGUUGUGCCUUUGUCAACUUUACAAAACCGGAGCACUGUGACGAAGCCAUCAGACGCUUUCACGGCUCCAUGCUGAACGGCGUGAGGAUGGCUGUGAAAUACCCGGACAGGAUCCCUGCAGGCAUGGGCAUGUCCAGGUCUGCCCUCAGAUCUCAAGACCUGCAGGAGCACGAUCUGAGGUCAAACGCUAACUGGAGGAGAGCAGUUGAGGACCCAUCGUCAGACUAACAGACUGUUCCAGCUGCUUCGCUCCGUUCGUCAGAAUCAGUUGGGCCAUUUCUACAGAGCGCCAGGCGCUGCUUCAUCAUCGUCGUAUCAAUCACUGGAUGUGACUCCAUGUACGAGCAUCGUUUGGCUUUUACUUUUGAGCAGGAGGCGAGUGACCAGUUAUUAUUUUAACACAUACAAGAAAGAAAACUUUUUGUCCGUUACUACAAGUGAUGGAAAUAUACAGUUAUUCUACUAUAGUAUUCAAACUGAGUGCGCAGUAUUAUAUCGGCUAUAACAUGAUUCAACUAAGAGUUUUUAUGGCUUCAAAUAAUCAGGGACGUCACUGGUCCAAGUUAUGGAUCCUUUGUUUUUAUUUUUCACUCAUGUAACCAACACACAUGACCUGCUCAUGUAACGUAGUGUUGAUUUAAAACACUUUACGGUCUAUACUUUUUAAACUUGUCUAAGGUUUUAAUCUGGUUUCAGUUUUCUACGUUGAACUUGUUUUCUUUCCGUUUUACUAUUUAGAGCUUCAAAAUGUCAGCCGAUGCCACCGCAGCCUUCAUUAAAAUGUUUCUUGUUUUU